AUGUAUCUGCGUAGGUGCACAUCCACUUCUGUUCGUUCUGUCGAUCACCCUUUUCCCGGAUCCGUAACGACUCCGACCCACCGCAGCCUCUCCACUUCGGAGAUAUACAAAGCUAACGUCAAGAUCAAUAGGCUCGUGCGUGAUGGUAAGAUCGACGCCGCCCGUAAACUGUUCGACGAAAUGCCUGAAAGAGAUGUAGUCUCUUGGAACACGAUGAUUGCCGCCCAUUAUCGUAGAAGCGACUUUGACAAGUCGAAAAGGCUCUUCCAGUUGAUGCCCGAGAAGAGCAUUGUAUCCUGGAAUUCUAUGAUCUCGGCGUCCAUCCAGAAUGGAGACAUAGAAGAGGCCUUCGAUUAUUUUCGCAAAAUGCCUAAGAGAAAUGUUGCUUCCUGGAAUGCUAUGAUCUCUGGGCUUGUUAGGUACGAUCGUCUCGAUGAAGCGGAGAGACUUUUCAGGGAGAUGCCCAGAAGGAAUGUGAUCUCUUACACUGCAUUGGUUGAUGGGCUUUGUCGUAGUGGGAACAUUCAACGUGCCCGCUGCCUUUUUGAUAAGAUGCAAAAGAACUCUGUUUCUUGGGCCGUGAUGAUAAGUGGAUAUGUACAGAAUGACUUGUUUGAUGAGGCUAGAAACGUCUUCCACCAAAUGCCUGAAAAGAGUGUGGUUGCAAUUACGGCUAUGAUGACGGGAUACUGCAAGGAUGGGAGAGUGGAUGAUGCAAGGAAACUUUUUGAAGACAUGCAUGGAAAGGAUCUUGUUUCCUGGAAUGCUAUGAUGUCAGGUUCGGAAAAAUAUCAUAAACAGAGAAGCAUAGUACACUAAUGGGAACUCUUUAUCUCAGAUUUGGCUUUUGUAUUACAUACCGUGAUAUUUUAUUUUCCUGUCAUUUCUGUAUUUUUCUAUUGUUUUCUUGGAUGAAAAAAAUUACUGAUAAAUUGGGAAGUAAUUGAUUCAGUCUGAAGCUGCUGUGAUUCUACGUCGGUAAAUUCCAAUUCUGUAAUACUGUGACGUGUAAUUUGUUGGAACAAGAUGUUUACGCAAGCCUAAUGUCUUAUGGGUCAGAUAUUGAGAGUUCAAAAUUUUUGAUCUUGUAUCCAAAAGCUGUUGGUACCAUAGAGGCGUGUCAGCAGCGUAAAAAACUUCAGAUAACGUACUAGUACUACCUACCGCUUGCUGUUCUCACUCAUUAAAUUUACUUGAUAUUUAUAAUAAGAAAGUCUAAAGGACAAACUUUUAUGCAUUCAACAUGCAGGUUAUGCAAACAAUGGGCGUGGUGAAGAAGCUCUUAGACUAUAUAUAAAAAUGUUGCAGUUAGGAAUGAAACAAGAUCACUCAACCCUUCUUAUUCUUUUAACAGCAUGUUCUGUUGUUUCAUCGAUUCAAUCUGGAAGGCAAAUUCAUGCGAUUUCAGUAAAAAAUGGGUUUGAAUCAGACCUUUCAAUAUGCAACACAUGCAUAACAAUGUAUAGCAAGUGUGGCAGCCUCAUUGACUCUGACCUUAUCUUCAGAAGAAUCCAAGCUCCAGACCUAGUUUCUUGGAACACCAUCAUUGCUGCAUUUGGCCAACAUGGUCUCUAUGAGAAAGCACGCACAAUGUUUCACAACUUGAUAGCUAAUGGUUUCAGACCAGAUAAUGUUACCUUUCUUAAUAUCUUAUCUGCAUGUGGACACGCUGGAAAGGUGAACGAUAGUAUACUUUGGUUCAAUAUAAUGGUCUUUGAGUAUCAAAUAUCCCCAAAGACCGAGCAUUUUUCUUGCCUUGUUGACAUUGCGGGCAGAGCAGGCCAGUUGGACAGAGCAUGCGAGGUCAUUAAUAAAAUGCCCUUUGAAGCUGACAGUGCUGUUUGGAGUGCUUUGCUAGGGGCGUGUCAAGCAUGCCUGAAUAUAGAACUGGCAGAAUUGGUAGCAAAGAGGCUUGUCGAGAUAAAUCCUCAGGAUUCAGGAGCAUACGUCAUGUUGUCAAAUAUCUAUGCUGCGACUCGCAACUGGAGAGAUGUGAUGAGGGUGAGGAGCCUGAUGAAGAAGCAUGGAGUUCAAAAGCAACCAGGGUACAGUUGGACAGAAGUGGCUGAUACAGUACAUGUUUUCUUGGGUGGUGAUACAUCACAUCCAGAUAUUAAAAGGAUACACUCAGAGCUUGGUAUUUUACAUCUGCAUAUGAUCUGGGGGAAUGUAGAAUUUACAGAAUAUAUUACAUGCUAA